AUGGGAGACCACAUACCUACCACAAACUACAAAACCCACAUAAACUCGGCAGACGCCACUGGAUGGCCCGAGCCAUCCCAGACAUGUAGCCAGACACCCCCACAGGCAGAGGACACAAGACCCCCUUCCAGAAGAGGACACACAAAUCCCGGAGUCGACCCAGACCUACCGACUGAUCGGUCGAACAGUCGCACCCCGGGACACUUGUCCAUUAACCUGUACACACUACGUAGCGCCAAAGACAAAACAAGUCCACUCAGACCCAUUACAGAACCCAGACGUGACCACAACGCCAUCACACUACAUCAACAAACACCCCCCCGCACCAUCCUUCCCCCUCCCCCCACCCCCACCUUACCAAGUCAUCUUCCUUGGCCGCCCGGAUGAUGUCAACCCAGGGGGCUGAACGGAUUCGCUCGGGAGGAACUAAGUAUAGUCUCCUACAACGUGCACGGCUUGAACAUCAGGGAGAAACGAACAAGGCUUCUGUGAGACCUGAAACAUUACAAGGCAUCGAUAGCAUUUCUCCAGGAAACACACUUCCAAGAAGGCAGAGCACUGGCCCUUCAGCAACAACCCCGAUAGACGCAUACACGGAGUGUGCAUUCUCUUCUCAAGGCACGUCCCCUAUCCGGAGAAAGCCACCAUCAGAUGCAAACAAGGAAGGUAUAUCUUCACAAAAGGCACUAUCCUGGACCAAACAUACACGUUCGCCAACAUGUAUGCCCCUAACACGAAACAACAACACUAAGACAUGUGCUCAGCACCCUGAUGAAAUUCACAGAAAGCACUCUGAUCAUCGGAGGAGACCUGAACCUGACACUACAUCCAGACCAAGACUCCUCAUCCACACACGGCACAACUCCACGCAACAGAUACGCAAACACACUCCGCCUCGUUCAUCACCACCAACUAGCGGACUGCUGGGGGGCAUUACACCCAUCGACCCGCGAUUACACCUUCUAUUCAACGACUCAUUCAAUAUACACAAGAUUGGACUACUUCCUCAUACCACACCAAAACCUGACCCUGCUCACCACCGCAGAGAUCCUACCAAUGACUUGGUUGGACCACUGCCCGAUCCGCAUACGGCUGAAAUCACCGCUGUUUAGACCCAGACAGAUGUCAUGGAGACUGAAUAAAUCGAUCCUCUCUGACGUAACAGUGGUAGACAAGAUCAGCCACUCCAUCCAAGAAUACUUUGAGGAAAACGAGACGGAUGACGUGACGCCACUGACAUGCUGGGAGGCACACAAGGCGGUGAUACGCGGCCAAAUCAUCGCGAUGUGUGCAACCCGCAAGAAGAUGGCGGUGCAAGAGGUUCUUGACCUCAGCCAGGAGAUAGCACUACUAGAGGCCAGGCACAAACGCACCCUAGAUCCAACGCUCCUACCAGCACUAUAA